CACUGAGGUACCUAAUAAUCUGCUGACGGGCAGAUCCCUUCCUAUCCCUUCUUAUCCCUCAUCAUCCGGCUUCGUCCCGCCCUCAUCCACGAUAGCUUGCUUACGGCACACCACCUUGUCGCUUGUCUGCGGUUCGCCAGCUCUCGCCGCCGACCCGCUGCGCCAAGCCUAUCUCUACCAGACAAGCUCAGCCUAGCUAUCCCGUCAUCGGGGAUUGAAAAACGGUUCGACGCGCAACACCACAUCUAGAACCCGACGACACGAGGGAGGGUAACGUUGCCUACCUACCUACAUCUUCCACGAGCAUCCCAUCUACAUGUUGCCGCGACACGUGCAUAUAUUGCCCAGGGCAGCGAUAGCAGCAACAGCAGCGACACGAGCAGCCCUCCCCGCCGCCGCCCCCGCCGCCGCACCACCGCCAGCGAGACAGCUUGCCACCAUGGCGUCAUCGUCAUCGCCGCCGCCGACCACGACGUCGAAUACGCCGAUGGAGGACGCCAUUCGGGCAAAGAUCACCCAGGCCCUGCAGCCCUCGCGUCUGGAAAUCUACAACGACUCGGCCAAGCACGCCCACCAUGCGCCCAUGGUCGCCGCCUACGGCCGCCCCGGCGCCGCCGCCGCCGACGGCCCCAAGGAGACGCACUUCCGCCUCGUCAUCACCUCCGCCGCCUUCGUCGCCAAGCCCCAGCCCGCCCGGCACCGCCUCGUCUACCGCCUGCUCGCCGCCGAGCUCGCCGCCGAGGGCGGCGUCCACGCCCUCCAACUGAGCACCACCACCCCCGACGAGGAGGAGCGCAAGAAGCAGCGCGCUGCCGAAGCCGCCACCGCCGCCGCCGCCGACGAGUAGUAGUGGGGGUUUCCGCGGCCGAGGCGGCAGGGCGCGCGUACGUGUGCCGUAGGGCGCCCGCGGGGCUAGCUCGCGGAGGAUAGCAAUGUCGCGGAGCCGAACAUACACAGAAGUGCACUAAACGGUGCGUCAGGAGCAGAAAUACGGCCAACCGGCGACUGUCAUUCUUGUAGACUAAGCGGGCGUUUUGGAAGUCAAGCUCAACACACCAUGCAUACCGCCUCCGAGACUCUCUCCUAGUAAUAUGAUACGUGACAGGUCGUGAUUCACGUCCACAUGUAUGUACACACCGAAAACACGCUCCGUAACAUGCUCCGUACUCGUCCGUAGACAUGCUUCGACCGCUACGCCGCGCGAAUAAACGAUGAACGUGGGGGGUAUCGUCGGCGCCGCACCGCACCGCAAAGCACACGCAAUAACUCCGCCUCCUAGAAAGGAAAGAAACACCCAUAGCCAACCCGCUAAGCCAGCCGAAGCCAGCAGCCACCCCUCGCGCUCGCGCGCUUACCCUCCCCCCGCCGUCGACGCACCCGUAGCCGUAGGCGCCGCGCUGGAGCUGGCCGCGCAGCUCAGCGCUUUGCGCCUCUGCACGAACCUGAGGAACGGCCUGUCGUCGUCGACGGCCUCGGCCUUCUUCUUUUUCUUCUUCUUCUU